AUGUCGGCGCGGUGCCUUGUGAGCGUGCCAGCAAUACAUGCGAAGCGUACGUACACUUUAGAAGAAGGCACCCUGGAUGCAUUGAAGGCCGCCAUAUCCUCGUGCCCCAUUUUGGGCGACAAGGUGGACCUUUCCAACAGCACAUUCAAGGGUUCACAGGAGGUAAAUGAAAGUGAGCCUUCCGCGGCUGUGACAGUGGAUGGUGGCAGCUCCUCAGGCCUGGAAUGCUUUGAUCUAAAGUUUGCUACAUCUCGCAAACCCGAUGACAACUCUGCAGCGGAUGAAUUGAAGCGGCACAAGAAGCGCAAGAUGGACAUUGACAUCAGCGGUCUAGAUGGGGAGGACGAGAAUAGCCUCGCAAAACAUGAGGAAUGGCUGCGGGCUGAGGCAUUCAAUGCUGCACCAGAUGAGAAAAUGAUUCACCACAGAAUGAACUUGACCGCCAAAAGAAGGCUCCUCGAGGUGGCAGACAUGAGCAUUGGGAGUGCUACACGCAAAUAUCCAUAUCUGAUGGACUUUGAACGAUUUGCUUCAGACUUCCAAAGAUUGACCGGAGUAGAUGGAAAAGAAAAAAUCAAGCUUGGCAUCGAUAUGCUUGCUUCUUUGGCACGCAAACGUGUAGUGGGUCACGAGGACGUCUUUAAAGAAAUUCAGACUGCAACACGGCUGGAACAGCAAGGUCACGCACUUCGAAGCAGACAUCUCUUUGCUGUUGCUGUGCUCAAGAUUAUUUCAUCUGAUGUCAAGGAAAAAGCAGCAAUGUCUUCGCUGUUUGUACAUGAAGAUGACGAGAGGGUGCCGCUGACGCCAUGCGUGGUCUACUCUGGCCCCAGCUUGGAGCAAGCAGAGUUUCUACACCUGCACGUCGACAACCGAAACAUCUUCCGCGUCAGUAAUGCCGAAGAAGGAAUGAUAGCGCUGAUGAGUGCAUAUUUUAUUUUUAAUAUUGUGUACGGGCGCAAGGCGUUCAAUACUACCACCGUGCUAGAACGGCUUUUUCUUGGCAUGAGCAACACUUCACCGAGACCUGUGGCUACGAAGUUCGUGAACAAAGUUGUUCAGGCAAUUCGACGCUGAAAAUUUUAGCGUCGCAUUGCCUGAACAACUUUCUUCAGUUGGUUUGUGCUAG